GGAGGGGUACGGGCUUCUCGGGCACACUGAGGGGUCCCCACCGGGCCCAGGACGCUUGCGCAGGGUGCCCGGUCUUGCUGGACCCCGAAGCCUGAUAAGCAUGAAGCUCCUAUCUUUGGUUGCCGUGAUGGGGUAUUUGUUGGUACCCCCAGCUCAAGCCAACAAGAGCUCUGAAGAUAUACGGUGCAAAUGCAUCUGUCCACCCUAUAGAAACAUCAGCGGGCACAUUUACAACCGGAAUGUGUCACAGAAGGACUGCAACUGCCUGCACGUGGUGGAGCCCAUGCCAGUGCCCGGCCACGACGUGGAGGCCUACUGCCUGCUGUGCGAGUGCAAGUACGAGGAGCGCAGCACCACUACCAUCAAGGUCAUCAUUGUCAUCUACCUGUCUGUGGUCGGUGCCCUCCUGCUCUACAUGGCCUUCCUGAUGCUGGUGGACCCUCUGAUUCGAAAGCCAGAUGCCUACACCGAACAGCUGCACAACGAGGAAGAGAAUGAGGAUGCCCGUUCUGUGGCGGCAGCUGCCUCUCUCGGGGGCCCCCGUGCCAACACAGUGCUGGAGCGUGUGGAAGGCGCACAGCAGCGGUGGAAGCUACAGGUGCAGGAGCAGCGGAAGACAGUUUUCGAUCGGCACAAGAUGCUCAGCUAGAUGGGCCGUGCGGUCCACUUGGGACCUGUGGCCACAGCUGCCCACUGCUGGGAUGGGACGGAGCCACGACCACAUCUCCCCUACCCCAGCACCACUCUUCCCGGUCUCCCCACUCCAAGCCCGUGGCAUCUAUUCCUUCCCCCUCUUUAUAGCUGCCGUGCUCAGCUAGUUUAAUUCGGGAAGAGUGGCAGGGUCCUUGAGCUCUGGUUUGCCCACCCAGGACUCUGGGGUUGAGGGGAGGGGGACAUUUCAGGAGGCCGUAGGACAAGAACUGGUCUGACUCUCCUUGCUCCACCCUUGCUGCCCUUCCAGCUGCAACCCCUGGGGAUGUUCUUCGCCGUGGCAGGUGGAGCCGGGUCACCAGACGUGGGUGUGGGAGGAAAGCCGGGCCCAGCACUUGGCGCCUGCUUCUUCCCGCUGCUCUGGCACUGAUACCUCGGCCUCGGGAAGGCUCUGGGGGUGGGCCGAGACCAGAGGGGACAAGCCUGACACUUGUCCCCACUGAUUCCAACCUCCCUCCCACCUCAGUGGCAGCCUGACUGACUGCACAGGACCUGGCCCCUCACUCCGAGGCCACGGGGUCCCCUCACUUCCCCAUGCUACAUGAGCCAGACAGUGGGUGGGGCGCGCAACUGAGGGUGAGCUGAGGCCUGAGUGCCAGCGCUCCUGUUGCAGGUGCUCUCCUUGUCCCUGCAUUCCAUUGUCCCCUGCAUGGAGAGAAAGGCUUGUCCUUCCAUUGUCUGUAACUCAAGGAAGCCAUCAAUAAAGUGUCUUAAUUCCUUG